AUGAUUCUUUUAACUAUUUUAAUAGGAUUAGGCUAGACAUUAAUAAUGAAGUCAACCCAUACCACAAGAGGUUUUAAUGCAAUAGAAAUUGACCUUAACAAUUAUAAUGAAUUUACUGUUGGUUAAUCAACUAUAGUUAUUAGUUUAACAACUAAUCGGAUGACCUCAUACCCAAUACUUUCAUAUUGUGCUAUAACAAAUUUAAAUAUAAUAAAAACAAUAAUAAGCUCAGCAUCUCAAGUGAAAACUUAGAUUGAAUCAAAUAAGUAUGCUUUAUUCAAAAAAUAGAAAAUAGUGUAUUUUUGAUAACAAUGCAAUUUUAUAUAAACAGAGCUAACAAUAAAUAAUUUUGUAUGAUUAUAAUUAAGAACAAUCUGAGUGGAUAUACAAUAAAUUUAGUAUUUAUGGUAUGAAAGAAAGAAAAUUCUCAAUAUAUAUAUUUUCAAAUGAUGAAACAGAUUAUGAAAUAACUAUAGCAAACUAAGCUCCAAGAUCAUGUUAUUCUAAGUAUAUGAUUGUUAAUUAAUAAAAGUUGCAACAAUAUUGGGUAUUGUUCAGGAAGUUAACCUUCUUUUUGUAUCUGCAAUGAAAAUUAGUUAGGAACUAAUUGUUAAAUAGUAUCAAAGCUUUAUAAAGACUAUGAAUAAGAGAUAGUAAUUGUUAUGUUAUUUAUUUAUUUAGAUAUCUAUUGAAAGCCAAAAAGAGAUUCUUGUUUCUAUACCACUGAACUAGAAUAAUACUAAUUCAUUAUAAAUAAAUAUAAAUGCAAAUGCUGAAAUAGAUUAUAUUUUAUCAUGUUAGUUUGAGAAAGAAUACCUUCCAUUUUAUGAUAGCUAAUUUUAUGAUUUAAAUAAAAUUAGUAAUGGUAGGAUAAUUUAUUAAAGUGAAAAAGUUUAAGAAUGUUUAAACCUUUUUAGUUAAAUUAAUUAAGAACUUGAACAAUCUAUUACACCUUAACUGUUAUUAUUCUUUAAUAAUAAAUAGUUAGAUAAUGUUUUAUUAAAAAUAAGUGUUGAAAUUAGAAUUAAUGAAAACUCAGAUGAAAAAGUUAUAUAUUAUAUACUUGCAGGUGGAUUUUCUUCUUUGAUUUUGGCUUUUGUUUUAAUAGGAUGUGUACUUAUUUGUAGAAAAAAGAAAAAUAUAUUUCAACAUUAUUAAUCCGAUCGAAGAAAUAGUACAGAAAAAUCCCAAAAAGAAGUACAAUUUCAUGAGAGAUAAUUCUCACGUGAUUUUAUUCCUGUUGAAUUGUAUGAAUAAGUUUUACAAGAAUAUCCAGGAUUAAAUUUAAUUACCGAAUGCUAAAUUUGUUUGGUUGAAUUUGAAAAUUAAGAUUUAGUAAAAUUGACAUAUUGUUUACACUUAUUUCAUUAAUCUUGUUUAGAUUAAUGGAGAAAAAAAUUGUAGGUAAAAAUACUUUAUUAUAAAGGUGUGUCCUGUGUGUAGAGGAGAUUUGACAAAAUAAAAAUAUAAGGAAAGAUAAAAGGAUUAAGAAAUUUAUUAAUUUGGAGUAAUUUCAGGAGAUGAAAUGUAGAUUGAUAAUAAGAAAAUAGAUGAAAUUCUUAAGAGGGAAUAGAGAAUUAAAUAAUUGUUAAUAUUAUUCUUAAUUUUAGAUAAUUCGCUUAAUCAUCCUCUGUAAUCAAUACUAUCAAAGAGAAUUCCCCAUCACCAUAAUCAGGUGAACCAUUGAAACCUAAAUUUUAAUAAAAAUGA